AUGACCGAAGUUGAACUAGACCAAGCCCAAAGCUGGCUGGCGAAACAAGAUUUGGAGAAAAUCGGCGUAGACAACUUGAAUCCGCUCACUGACGAGGUUAUCUCUCGCCAAGCUACCAUCAAUAUCGGAACCAUCGGUCAUGUAGCCCACGGAAAAUCAACAUUGGUCAAAGCUUUCUCUGGAGUUCACACUGUCAAGUUCAAGAGAGAGUUGGAACGUAACAUUACUAUCAAGCUCGGAUACGCUAACGCCAAAAUCUACCGAUGCUCCAACCCAGAGUGCCCAAGACCUGGUUGUUACAGAUCUGCCGGCUCAUCAACACCAGAUCGUUUCCCAUGUGAACGAGCGAACUGCGGCGGAGAAUUCACCUGCGUCCGUCACGUUUCCUUUGUCGACUGCCCUGGUCACGACAUUCUUAUGGCCACCAUGUUGAACGGAGCCGCUGUUAUGGACGCCGCUUUCUUGCUUGUAGCAGCUAACGAGCCGUGUCCACAGCCACAAACUUCUGAACAUCUCGCUGCUGUCGAGAUUAUGCAAUUGAAGCAUCUCAUGAUUCUUCAAAACAAAGUAGACAUUAUCAAAGAGUCACAAGCCCGUGAGAACUAUGAGCAAAUUGCUGGAUUUGUGCAAGGAACCGUCGCCGAGAACGCUCCAGUUAUCCCAAUCUCUGCACAGCUCAAGUACAAUGUUGAUCUUAUUUGCGAGUACCUUUGCAAAAAGAUUCCAGUUCCAGUUAGAGAUUUCAAAUCGCCAGCCCGUCUUAUCAUUAUCCGAUCAUUCGACGUUAAUAAGCCAGGAUCUGAAGUCGAGAACCUGAAAGGAGGAGUCGCCGGAGGAACUUUAACAAAAGGAAUUCUCCGAGUCGGCCAAGAAAUCGAAGUCCGACCAGGAAUCGUCUCAAAGACGGCCACCGGUCAACUCCAAUGCCGCCCAAUUUUCUCCCGCAUUGAUUCACUUUUCGCCGAGAAGAACCAGCUUGAGUACGCAGUUCCAGGAGGACUCAUCGGAGUAGGAACCAAGAUCGAUCCAACACUCUGCCGUGGAGAUCGUCUUGUAGGACAUAUUCUGGGAGCCGUCGGAAGUCUUCCAGACAUUUUCAUCGAAAUUGAAAUCUCAUUCUACCUCUUGAGAAGACUGCUCGGAGUUCGUACCGAAGGAAAGAAGAAGGGAGCAAAGGUUCAGAAAUUGGUGAAAGAAGAGACGUUGCUCGUCAAUAUUGGAUCUUUGUCGACCGGAGGAAGAGUGACUGCUGUCAAGGGAGACGCCGCCAAGGUUCGGUUAAACGACCCAAUUUGCACAGAGGUUGGAGAGAAGAUCGCAAUGUCGCGUCGUUUUGAGAAGAGUUGGCGUUUGAUCGGUUGGGGAACCAUUCGUAAGGGAACAACUGUUGAGCCAAUCAAGAAUUAG